UUUGAAAGUUCUUUCGAGCUAUAUAAUCAUAAAUAUCAUUUUGAAGACGGGCCCUAUCCGUUCUUUUCAAAUGGAUUAGCUUUUUUUUAAGUAUUAAUGGCGGGGUGUCAGUGACUAGGGUGAGGGGUGCGGCGACCAAGACCCUAAGCCCUUUCCCAACGCUAUCUGUCUCUCUCAGCCAUGUUAUCCACUUAUUCGUUGACAAAAAUCUCUUCGAUUUACUUAAAAAAUAAAUUAUCUUCGAUCUCAACAGAUUAAUCAGAUCAUUCUCGACACUUCCUCUCCAAUUUUUUAUGGCACUUGUUCCCUCUCUCUUUCUCUUUUAUUAAUCAGAUCAUUCUCGACACUCCCUCUCCAGUUUUUUACAGCACUUGUUAACAACUCUCUUUCUCUCUCUGGCUUCUGAUAACACUAUUUAAUUCAAAUUCGGACGGAUCCCAAGUGCAUUUUAAGCUGGUAGAUGAAUUUCAAUCUCGUAUUUGUCAUGAAUCCAAACCUCUCAGUGAUUAUUGGAUCUUGGAUUAGUCAGAGAUAUGGUGUUCUUUUUCCUAGUUUUGCAUUCAGGUUUUUCUUUCCCUCUCAGACUUGCUAGAUCGCCCACCAGGGGGGAAUUACAAAGCCUUGACCUCGCAGCUUCACAAAAUCUUGCAGACUACGAAAAUAUUUUAGCACGAUGAUUCAAGACUCUACAGCAGAGCCAUUGCUUUCAGAUGUCAAUGAUCCAAAUGCUUCAAAUAUCAAAAAACCCAGAAUCAAUAGAGGAAAAUAUCGGCGGUGCAAAAGCGCCCCCUCAGUUGACGCAUUUCUUGUUCCCGGAAAGAAUGGAAUGGGGUUGAAUCCCCUAAAAGGCUUUGGAAAGUAUCGCCCAACUUUCUGUCAUGUCUUCAUAUUCCUAGCCUUCUACUUGGGAAUUGGUACGCUCUGCUUCUGUAGCAUAAAACAUGAAAUAGGUGGAAAGAAGACCAAUGCAAUCCUCGAUGCCAUAUACUUUUGUGUUGUAACAAUGACAACUGUUGGAUAUGGAGACCUCGUUCCUGAAACUAUCACAGCAAAGCUCCUAGCCUGUGCUUUUGUUUUCACAGGCAUGGCAAUGGUGGGGCUUAUUCUAAGUAGUGCAGCUGAUUACCUUGUUGAGAAACAAGAGACUCUAGUGGUUGAAGCCAUAUGUAAUCACCAAAAAGUUGGAUUUAAUGAGAUGAUCAAGGAGAUGGAGAUCAAUAGAGUGAAGUAUAAGCUGCUCACUGUGGGGACUAUUCUAACUCUUCUGAUAAUCGUGGGGACAGUUUUCUUGGUAAAGGUUGAGGGGCUGAGCUUUGUAGACUCCUUCUACUGUGUUUGCUCCACAAUUACGACAUUAGGUUAUGGGGAUAAGAGCUUUUCCAGUCAAGGGGGCCGCAUAUUUGCUGUGUUUUGGAUUUUGACAAGUACUCUAUGUGUUGCUCAGUUCUUUCUCUACAUAACUGAGAUGUACACAGAGAAAAAGCAGCGACAUAUUGCUCAUAAGGUGCUCAAGACGACCAUGGCCUCUUCGGAUCUUGAAGCAGCCGAUCUUGAUGCUGAUGGGGUCUUAGGGCCCGAGGAGUUUGCGCUAUAUAUGCUGAAAAAGAUGGGGAAGAUUAGCCAAGAAGAUCUUGUCCUUGUGAUGGCGGAGUUUGAGAAACUCGAUGUUGACAGGUCAGGGACAAUAUCAAUAUCAGACUUGGAAGACUUUCGCAAUCUCUGAAUUCUGAUAGUGUUUAAUUGUACAUUACAUGACGUGUAUACCAUCCAUUCUCAAUGAUGGCCAGAGGAGAUCAACCAUAGUUCCCUUCACGAACAGAGACCUGGAACCAUUGUUCAUCUCUUUUAAUCUUGAGAAGAAAUACUGGGUACCCCACGUGUAAACCACGCAUGUGUUGGCUAAUGUUUGUAUCAGUUGCUUUAGCUUUAGAUCCCUUUGCAACAAUAUGGAGCUGAUUAAUGGAAGCUAGAUCACUCAAAGAGGAGCUGACAAGUUAAGAGUGUUUCUAUGGGUUGAUUUCCCCUAUUUCUUUCUUUAUUUGAUGGAUUGGAAUUCGAGUUGAAUAUUGUAUUCUACCGUUUGAUUUUUUAUUUUGUGCCUAAGAAUCGAUUGAGGAACAAGGUGAAUCUGCAGAAAGAUGUAUUUUGGUUACGUGUUAAUUUACAACCCUGCAACCCUGUUCUUGCAGUUCUUUUGAUAAAAAGUUGGUUUUAGAGUUUGGAUA